AUGAUAAUAAUAUUGCUCUAUUGUUCGAGAUUGAGGUGAGAUUAUGCAUUUAAUCUGGAAUUAGGAAAAAAAUAGUUUUUAUGAGGAUGAAAAAGUUGCCGCUUUGAAACAAACUUUCCUCGUCUCACAUCAAAAUUGGCUUUAUGCCAAAAUCUCAUUUAUUCUCCAACAAACUUCAAUUCGACCUUUUUUUUGAAACGUGAAAGAGAGCAAUCAGGAAGUGACAGUGCUUAUUCAUCUCAAUUUAUGCUAAAAUAAUUGAAUUUAUUCUUGCAGCCGCAGCAUAUCUUUGAAACAAUGACAAAGGGUGACCAAGAGCAUCGAAAUAAUGACACGGAUUCAAAUGACAAUCAGACAUUUCCGAUACCUGCAAGUUUACGCCAACCAAAAUUAUCUGGCUAUGAGUUCUAUGAGAAAGUACUCGGUUCACCAAAGUAUAUUGUAGCACCAAUGGUCGAUGCAAGUGAACUCGCAUGGAGACUUUUGUGUCGUCGUCAUGGUGCCCAGUUAUGCUACACGCCAAUGUUCCAUAGUAGUUGCUUUGUAAAGGACAUUAAAUAUCGGAAAGAAGCACUACAAUCUUGUCCUGAGGACAGACCGUUAUUAUUUCAAUUUUGCGGAAAUGAUCCAAAUACCAUACUCGAAGCUGCCUUACUUGCUCAAGAUCACUGUGAUGGAAUUGACAUUAAUUUAGGAUGCCCACAAGCUAUAGCUAAACGAGGCCAUUAUGGUGCAUUUCUUCAAGAUGAAUGGGAUUUAUUAGAAGAAAUUGUAAGUACGCUUCAUCAACACCUAAGCGUUCCAGUCACGUGUAAAAUCCGAGUUUUUGAUGAUGUAGAUAAAACGAUAAGAUAUGCUCAAAUGUUAGAACGUGCCGGUGCUCAACUUCUUACGGUUCAUGGCAGAACGCGUGAACAAAAAGGCCCACUAACUGGCAUUGCCGAUUGGUCAAUUAUUAAGACAGUUCGUGAGAGUGUUAAAGUUCCAGUAUUUGCGAAUGGAAAUAUUUGUUGUAUACAAGAUGUACAUCGAUGUAUUGAGCAAACUGGUGUGGAUGGUGUUAUGUCAGCUGAAGGAAAUCUUCAAAAUCCAUUUAUUUUUGCUGGAGCUAGUCCGACUAUUUGGGACGUUAGUUUGGAAUAUUUAGACAUUUUAAAUGAAUAUCCUGCUCCUGUUGGAUACGUUCGAGGACAUUUGUUUAAAAUCUUGCACCAUUUAUUGUUGCUAAAGUCGAAUUCUAAAGAGCGUGAUGACAUGGCUCUUGCGCAUUCAAACGACGAAUUUCGUGCUGUUGUAAAUCAACUUGCAGUAAAGUUCAAGCCAUAUCACGAAGGAAUUAAACCGUGGACUCCAGAAGAAAAAAAUGAUAAUAAUGAAGAUAACGUGCUUGAUUGUAAUCUAAAAAUCCCACCAUGGAUCUGUCAACCGUACUAUCGUCUACCUCCAGAAGAACACAAACAAAUGAUGGAGGAGAAAGUAAAAUUGGCAGAGUCACGUGAGAAGAAGCAAUAUUUUGACAAAGAUGGAAAUUCCAUAUCUAGAAAGGGCCUUAAAAAAUUGAAAAGAUUGGAAAGGCGUGCAAAAGUCAGAAACGAACGUCUAGGUGAAAUUUGUGAGGAAGAUAAGUGUGCUAAUACGAAAGGUCUCAAGUGUGAGUUUAACUUAUGUCGACAUUGUUGCCGUAAUCGAUGCUUUGAGAAUCUUGUUAAUUGCAUUGGACACAAGAUUUUUUCCACUAGAUGCUACGACAAAAGGGCAAUUGACGCAAAGGAUAUGGAGAAUAAUCGAGAGGUUGAUGAUGACAUAAUGGAGGCUGACUGA